AUGAACAUCGAAUCCUAUGAUUAUAUUGAAUAUUUACCUAGCCGUGCUUGUAAUACAAAAUAUAAUCUUUAUUUACUUUAUUCAACAAGACCGAAUUAUUUAUCGAAAAAUUAUUCAGUAAAAAUUGAUGUAUUCAAUCAAGUAACGUUAAUUUAUCGAGCGAGUGGGAUUUUCUUGAUACAAUUUGCUUUUCUUCCUGUCUAUCGUUUACCUGUUUUGCUCAAAACGCCCGUGUCAAUAAUACAAUCCAUAGGGAAACACUGUUGGCCAUCAUGUAUUCAUGGUCAAUGUCUAUCGUAUAUUAAUAAUCAAAAUUUGACAUAUUGUCAUUGUGAAUCCGGAUGGUCCGGCGUUCAAUGUCAUAUAAAACAUACGUGUGAUUGUGCAUUAGGUUCUUUAUGUAUAAGCAAUUCGAUUUGUUUAUGUCCAACAGGUCGUUUUGGCCAUCGAUGUCAUCUCACUCAAUUGUCAUGUGAAUCUCAACCAUGUCUUAAUGAUGGACAAUGUAUUCUGGAAGAUAUACGUUACAGACAUCCGAAUCAUAAUCGAUCAAUGUGCAUUUGCCGCCAAGGUUAUGCAGGAAAUCGUUGUGAAUAUCGACAAAAUCAAACUGAAAUUGAUUUUUCAUUUGAUGAUCUUGAAACAAUUCCGUCAUUUUUAUUAAUUCAUUUGAUUUUAGUUGAAGAAAAUGCUCAACCGAAGCGAACCAGUCUAAUGAAAAAGAUUCAAUUUGAUGAGUCUUCAACAAAGAUUUUGACUUCAGUUAUAUUUCAUAUGGCAUUUGCGCAAAUCUUAAAUAAUUAUUACUUAAUUAUUGUUCGUGAAAAUGCGAUUAUUUUCGAGCAAAUAUCAGCAAAACUCAUUCCUCCUUAUCGAUGCCAAUCAAUUCUUGAACUAUUCGAUGAAAUAUUUUCGAAUCAACAUCUACUAAAACGAAUAAAAUAUUAUCAUAUUCCAUGUCAAUAA